AUGCGACUGGCAGGGCGGCAGGUCCCAGAGCCGCGCUCGCCACCUCCCCCCGGCCUGGGCAGCGCUCGCCCGGGGCGUCCAGCGGUGCCCUGUGGAGCUGCGGCCAUGGCCCCGCGGCGGGCGCGCGGCUGCCGGACCCUCGGUCUCCCGGCGCUGCUACUGCUGCUGCUGCUCCGGCCGCCGGCGACGCGGGGCAUCACGUGCCCUCCCCCCACGUCCGUGGAACACGCAGACAUCCGGGUCAAGAGCUAUAGCUUGUACUCCAGGGAGCGGUACGUUUGUAACUCUGGUUUCAAGCGUAAAGCCGGCACGUCCAGCCUGACAGAGUGCGUGUUGAACAAGGCCACCAACGUCGCCCACUGGACAACCCCCAGUCUCAAAUGCAUUAGAGACCCUGCCCUGGCUCGCCAAAGGCCGGCGCCACCCUCCACAGUAACGACGGCAGGGGUGACCCCACAGCCAGAGAGCCUCUCCCCUUCUGGAAAAGAGCCCGCAGCUUCAUCUCCCAGCCCGAACACCACAGCGGCCACAACAGCAGCUAUUGUCCCAGGCUCCCGGCUGAUGCCUUCAAAAUCACCUUCCACAGGAACCACAGAGAUAGGCAGUCAUGAGUCCUCCCAUGGCACCCCCUCUCAGACAACAGCCAAGACCUGGGAACUCACAGCAUCCGCCUCCCACCAGCCGCCAGGUGUGUAUCCACAGGGCCACAGCGACACCACUGUGGCUAUCUCCACGUCCACCGUCCUGCUGUGUGGGCUGAGCGCUAUGUCUUUCCUGGCAUGCUACAUCAAGUCAAGGCAAACUCCCCUGCCAGCCAGCGUUGAAAUGGAAGCCAUGGAGGCUCUGCCGGUGACUGGGGGGACCAGCAGCAGAGAUGAAGCCUUGGAAAACUGCUCUCACGACCUAUGAGACUCGGGGAAACCAGCCCAGCUACGUCCGGCGUGAAGGAGCCUCUCUGCUUUAGCUAAAGACGACUGAGAAGAGGUACAAGGAGGUGGGCUCCAGGAGCAAGCCCACCAGGCCUCUCAGACGUCCCAGCAGAAUCUCACAGACUGCCAGGUCAGCGCCUCCUGCACGAGGGAGCAGGUUCUCCCCAUUCCCAUGGGCAACGCCUGCCUGCCUAUCGUGCCUUGGAUCCAGGGCCCAGCUUCCCAGGAGAGACCAAAGGCUUCUGAGCAGGGUUUUUAUUUCAUUACAGUGUGAGCUGCCUGGAAUACAUGUGGUAAUGAAAUAAAAACCCUGCCCUGAAUCUUCCAUCCCGCAUCCUGACUUGCAGUUCACAGAGAAAAGUGACAUACCCGAAGCUGUCUGUCAAUCACAAGGCUUCUCCUGGCAUGGGAGAUGUCUACAGGGAAGACACCAGCAUUUGGGCUUCUAACCACCCUGUCUCCAGCUGCUCUGCACACAUGGACAGGGACCUGGGAAAGGUGGGAGAGAUGCUGAGCCCAGUGAAUCCUCUCCAUCGAAGGAUUGAGGAAGAAGAAAACUCACCUCAGCGCCAUUUUACAUAUAUAUGCAUUUAUAUUUAUACUUCCUUCUCUAUUAUAUCUAUACAUUAUAUAUGAUUUGUAUUUUGACGUUGUACCUUGUAUAAACAAAAUAAAACAUCUAUUUUCAAUAUUUUUAAAAUGCA